AUGGCCUCGAAUCUACAGGCGCAUCGAGUUUUCAGCGUAGUUGAGCUACUCGAAGCAAUCUUGCUCGAGACCGAACUACGCACCCUCCUGACGUCUGCCACACGGGUAUGCCGUCUCUGGCAUGAUGUGAUCGAAACCUCCCCCCGUCUCCAAGCUGUUCUUUUCUUCGAUCCUUGGGAAGUAAAGCGAAAGAAACCAUUCAAGAAUCCGUUCAUUGAUAGCGAUAUAUGGCCCGAUUUUUUUCGAAAGUAUAUCGGAGUUGAUUCACCAAAGCUUAGCGACAAACUACGGGCCUAUCUGCGAGAAGAUGCAAGCUGGAGACGCAUGCUGAUCCAUCAACCACCGACCUCAAAUUUAUCAGUCCUCUACCGGCCGUCUGCACAACGUGUUUGGCCAGAGAGUAAAGUAGAUAGCACGCAUCAGACGACCUGUGAUCAUCCAUUUCUACUAGGCGCAUUGGCCGAGUUUUUGAAAUGCCGCGGGUUCACGGUAUAUCCCCAGCCCUUGCUCUUUUGUGACGGCAAUUGGGCCGUAACGGGCGAGUUUAGUAAUGGUACAAACCCACUAUACCCUGACACGUCUGUGGAGGGCGGGGGCCCGAUCAAGGUUGGCUGGGUGACCUACUGUGGUCACGGAUAUGCUAUUAGUACUGGUGCUAUCUUCAGAGGUUGA